CACAUUUGGGUACAGACAUCUGGGUAUAAUGUCACCAGUAGAAAUUAGCAAUUUUUGUUUUUCUAACUUUUGUAGCUCUGGUCAGCUUCGCAUGGGCUUCUAUCAGUUGAUAUGGCAUCUUCAACUUCAGCCAAGAGGAGGUUAUUAGAUUAUAAGUGCUAAAAAUGAUGAGCCGUCUCCACACUUCAGCCAGCAUGAAUACAAGCAAGAUUGUAAAAUAAUUAUAAUCUGAAGCAGAGCCAGCCAUGCAACCCGAGCCUAUCUUUCUUCAUUAAUUUGUAUACAGUUCUUAUUUUAAGAGAACAAACUUUCAGAGGGUACUCAUAUGGGGCUGCUGAACCAGCUGUACAACUUUUAUUUUGAAGAAAAAAAGUUGAGCCUCAGAACAGUCUGUUUUAAAGACAGGGAGGGACUUAGGCUUUCGGAGCUUGACCAGCAUGUGGAAGGAGAGCUCUCAUGGCUGCAAUAACUUAGGGAGUUCCUACCUGGAUGACACUGGGGUAGGAAGUUUUCUGUUUGUUUUGUUCUGUUUCGGAGGGUCCCGUGCACUUCUCUUGCCUGGAUCAACGUGACUCUUGGUGGUUUUUGCACACCCUGCUCUGUGGGGGAGUGCCCCAACGUGCCUGUCUUAUGUGGCCUCUAUGGACACACUGCUCAGCUGGCAGAGAGCAGGGAAGUUUUCUCCCAGCACCCAAAAAGAGAAAGAGGAAACUACUUUUUCUUUCUGGGCUCCUUGCAGCACAAUAGAUCAGGAUAAGCUUCCACAUUUGCUCUCUGGAGUUUCUAGAGUGGUUUCCAGGAAGAAGUUAAACCUUCACCUUUAAAUGGAUGACCAUGUCACAAUCAGGAAGAAACAUCUCCAAAGACCCAUCUUUAGACUAAGAUGCUUGGUGAAGCAGCUGGAAAGAGGUGACGUUAACGUCGUCGACUUAAAGAAGAAUAUUGAAUAUGCGGCAUCUGUGCUGGAAGCAGUUUAUAUCGAUGAAACAAGAAGACUUCUGGAUACUGAAGAUGAGCUCAGUGACAUUCAGACUGACUCAGUCCCAUCUGAAGUCCGGGACUGGUUGGCUUCUACCUUUACACGGAAAAUGGGGAUGACAAAAAAGAAACCUGAGGAAAAACCAAAAUUUCGGAGCAUUGUGCAUGCUGUUCAAGCUGGAAUUUUUGUGGAAAGAAUGUACCGAAAAACAUAUCAUAUGGUUGGUUUGGCAUAUCCAGCAGCUGUCAUCGUAACAUUAAAGGAUGUUGAUAAAUGGUCUUUCGAUGUAUUUGCCCUCAAUGAAGCAAGUGGAGAGCAUAGUCUGAAGUUUAUGAUUUAUGAACUGUUUACCAGAUAUGAUCUUAUCAACCGUUUCAAGAUUCCUGUUUCUUGCCUAAUCACCUUUGCAGAAGCUUUAGAAGUUGGUUACAGCAAGUACAAAAAUCCAUAUCACAAUUUGAUUCAUGCAGCUGAUGUCACUCAAACUGUGCAUUACAUAAUGCUUCAUACAGGUAUCAUGCACUGGCUCACUGAACUGGAAAUUUUAGCAAUGGUCUUUGCUGCUGCCAUUCAUGAUUAUGAGCAUACAGGGACAACAAACAACUUCCACAUUCAGACAAGGUCAGAUGUUGCCAUUUUGUAUAAUGAUCGCUCUGUCCUUGAGAAUCACCACGUGAGUGCCGCUUAUCGACUUAUGCAAGAAGAAGAAAUGAAUAUCUUGAUAAAUUUAUCCAAAGAUGACUGGAGGGAUCUUCGGAACCUAGUGAUUGAAAUGGUUUUAUCUACAGACAUGUCAGGUCACUUCCAGCAAAUUAAAAAUAUAAGAAACAGUUUGCAGCAGCCUGAAGGGAUUGACAGAGCCAAAACCAUGUCCCUGAUUCUCCAUGCAGCAGACAUCAGCCACCCAGCCAAAUCCUGGAAGCUGCAUUAUCGGUGGACCAUGGCCCUAAUGGAGGAGUUUUUCCUGCAGGGAGAUAAAGAAGCUGAAUUAGGGCUUCCAUUUUCCCCACUUUGUGAUCGGAAGUCAACCAUGGUGGCCCAGUCACAAAUAGGUUUCAUCGAUUUCAUAGUAGAGCCAACAUUUUCUCUUCUGACAGACUCAACAGAGAAAAUUGUUAUUCCUCUUAUAGAGGAAGCCUCAAAAGCCGAAACUUCUUCCUAUGUGGCAAGCAGCUCAACCACCAUUGUGGGGUUACACAUUGCUGAUGCACUAAGACGAUCAAAUACAAAAGGCUCCAUGAGUGAUGGGUCCUAUUCCCCAGACUACUCCCUUGCAGCAGUGGACCUGAAGAGUUUCAAGAACAACCUGGUGGACAUCAUUCAGCAGAACAAAGAGAGGUGGAAAGAGUUAGCUGCACAAGCUUUGUCUUCAGAUCAUGUUCUACAUCAUGUUAGCAGUACAAUAGAGCAGGAGUAUGCAUUUGAUAGAGUGGAACUUUCAGAAGAGACCACCUAUGUACCAGUGCAAACAAAUGCCUAUCAUCUUUUGUUCUUGAGAGCAGAACUCAUGGGCUGUUCAGCAUCAGAUUUCUGGUGUCUCCUACUCAGGGCUAGGAGAUUGAGGAAUGAUAGAGCACAAUUCCACCUGAAAAUCAUGUUAUAACCUAUGUGACAGCAUUAGCCCUUCCAGAAGCAAGAACCAGUUCACAGAAGUGUGAGUUUAUCCAUCAGUAAACACCUUUAAGUAAAACCUCGUGCAUGGUGGCAGCUCUAAUUUGACCAAAAGACUUGGAGAUUUUGAUUAUGCUUGCUGGAAAUCUACCCUGUCCUGUGUGAGACAGGGAAUCUAUUUUUGCAGAUUGCUCAAUAAGCAUCAUGAGCCACAUAAAUAACAGCUGUAAACUCCUUAAUUCACCGGGCUCAACUGCUACCGAACAGAUUCAUCUAGUGGCUACAUCAGCACCUUGUGCUUUCAGAUAUCUGUUUCAAUGGCAUUUUGUGGCAUUUGUCUUUACUGAGUGCCAAUAAAUUUUCUUUGAGCAGCUAA